AGCGUUCAGUGCAAUAUGAAAUUGUUUGUGUGUCUCUUGGCUUUGGCUGCCACAUUGGCAACCACAAAUGCAGGACUUUUGGGACUGCUGAAGGGUGGCGGCGGCGGCGGCUACGGAGGCGGCGGCUACGGAGGCGGUGGCUGGUCCAGUGGUGGAAGCUACGGUGGCGGCCAUGGCGGUGGCUACAGUGGUGGCUACAGUGGUGGCUACGGUGGUGGAUACGGUGGCGGUUAUGGCCAUGGUGGAUCGGGUGGUGUACAAAUCAUUAAAGUAAUCGAUGGUGGACACAGCGGUGGAUAUGGCGGCAGUUAUGGCGGCGGUUAUGGCGGCGGCUAUGGAGGUGGUUAUGGAGGAGGAUAUGGCGGCGGUCAUGGUGGUCAUGGCGGUUAUGAUGGUGGACACGGUGGCGGCUAUGGCGGUGGAUACGGAGGCGGCCAUGGCGGUCAUGUGGAUGUCUACAAAGUCAUUACAACAACCACCCACAGUGGAGGACAUGGCGGCGGCUAUGGCGGCUACAGCGGCGACUAUGGCGGCCACUCUGGCGGCUAUGGAUCCUAUGGCAACAGCGGCUGGUCCAGCGGCAAAUCUGGCUGGUGGAAGAAAUAAACUGUGAAACCACUCGAUAUUUAUGUGAAAUAAAACCAGUUCUUUAUAUUCCAAGGUUACAAGAAACCAAAAAAAAAAACCAAAA